AUGCCUAGGGGCAUAAAGAACUUGACAGGACUGCAUGCUCUGCAAAAUGUUAAAGCUACCUCAGAGACUCUAUGUGAUGUUGCAGCUUUGACAGAGUUACGGACAUUUUCAGUUGACGAUGUUACAAGUGAACACUCAUUAAUCUUGAGGAAUGCUCUUCUGAAGAUGAGAAAUCUUGUCAGUUUGUCAAUUACUAGUAUGUCAGAUACAAAUGAGGUAUUGCCACCGGAAGAACUCUGUUUACCAGAAAGUCUUUGUAAACUUGGACUGACAGGGAAGCUCAAAAAGAAACGAAUGCCUCAUAUUCUGUCAUCUUGGUUGCACCUUAACAAUCUCACUCAACUCUAUCUGAUGUCCUCCAAACUUGAUGAGAAUUCAUUUCCUACCCUCAUGGUGUUGCGUAGUUUAUGCUUAAUUACCCUUGACAAGGCUUAUGAUGGACAGACAUUAUGCUUUCCUUCACAGUCAUUCUCAAGACUGAAAGAAUUACGAGUAUAUUGUGCUCCACGGCUCAACCGAGUUGAAAUAGAAGAAGAUGCACUGGGAAGCCUUGCUAAGCUAUGGUUUGUGGAGUGCCCAGAACUCAAGCGCCUACCGCAUGGCCUCAAGUAUCUUACGAUGCUUGAUGAAUUACAUUUGGUAAAUACGGCAGUUGAGCUUAUACAGUUGGCAAAUGAAUGCGAGGAAGAACUUAUGAAGAUCAGCCACAUUAAAAAGUUUACUAUCAUAUCAAAUGAUGAGAAAAACUUUAGGCGAAGAAUUGUUUCCAACGAAGAGAAUGAAUUCGCUGGCUGA